AUGGCAAACAUUGUCUUCCUCGCUGCCCUUGCCUUCGCCGCUGCUAAGCCAAGCGUGCCAGCUUUUCUAGCCGCCGCCCCCGCUCCGUUGGUAGCUGCACCGGCUCCACUAGUAGCUGCCGCCCCAGCUCCAUUUGUCACUGCAUCCAGCUCCCAGUACAUUGCUAGGAAUUACAACGGUGUCUAUUCAGCACCGCUUAUUGCAGCACCAGCGUACGCACCAGCUUACGGCCCAGCCUACGCGUCGGCCUAUGCUCCAAGCUUCGCACCAGCUGCAAGAAUAAUUUCUCCUUAUUCAGCACCCUUAACCUAUGCAGCACCUGCUCCAAUUGUAGCCUUUAAAUGA